AUGGCGUCGAAUGUGAACAUUCUUCUUUCGUCCUUCCCAGGACUUUCUUUACCCUCCACAGUUUCCUUCUCUCUUCCCUCGACCUCUACAAUCUCGGAUCUCACAGAGAAGGUUUCUUCAUAUAUUCCAUCAUCUAUCCCAUUCCAGUCACUAGUUCUAACGACUACCAACAAUAUACAACUCAUCCCCUCACCCGGACGUCACCUACGCGAUCUGAUUGCCCCUGAUGGCGAAACCAGUACGACAUCAAAUCUGCUUCCCCUCCGCCUCUCAGUACCCCUGCGGGGUGGAAAAGGUGGUUUUGGAUCGCAGCUUCGUGCAGCUGGAGGGCGCAUGUCGAGUAAGCGAAAGCGCAACCAGGGCGAUGACAACGGAUCAAGCCGAAACCUCGACGGCCGUCGUAUCCGCACAGUCAAUGAAGCCAAAGCGUUGGCCGAAUACCUGGCUGUCAAGCCGGAAAUGGACCGCAAAGAGAGAGAGGAGCGUCGGUGCAGGUGGCAGUCUAUUGUUGAGGCGGCGGAAAAGCGCCAGGAGGAGUUGAAGAACGGUGGUGGCAACCAGAAGGUCGACGGUCAGUGGAUGGAAGAUAAGGAGGAGAUGAACGAGAAGGCACGGGAUGCUGUUUUGUUGGCUAUGAAGGAUGGCAAGUGGACGGACAACCUACGUGACGCCAUCUUGGGGGGAUCUAGUACGAGCGCCAGCGCCAGCGAAGGCAGUGGCCAAGAGACUCCCAGUAGCUCAGACGAAGAGAGUGACCAGGAAAUGGACAGUGCGCCAGGACCAUCUGCAUCGGUUCCUGCAGUGGCAGCACCAAGGAAGUACAUUGGGUUUGAUGAGGAUGACGAGUUCAUGAGCGAUUCCGAAGAGGAAGACGAGCAACCCGAUGACCCCAAGGGCAAGGGGAAGCUUAACGAGGCUACUUCUCGGCUGCCAUACCGACUGCGAUGUCUUCCCCAGAAGCUGCCGUCGCGGAGCUUGAACUUUUUUUUGCGGCCGCAAUUUUCUCCCAGACAGAUCUACAAACCACAGCAGCGUUUAUCCUCAACCACCCAGUCUCAUGCAAAUCCAUUCCCCCGUGCUGAGGAUAUACUUCCCGUUUGCUGUCCAGGAUGUGGUGCAUUCUCCCAUACCGUCGAGCCCCACGAACCGGGGUACUACAGCAAAUCCAGGAAGCAGACACGGAAGCUGCUGUACGAGGCGCAAAGGGUGAGUGCAGGACGGCAGAGAGGGCUGGAGAAAUUAGAGGACUUGGGAGUAAAGGGAGAGCAAGAGCAAGCAGCAGACACGAUUUCAUUAUCAGGCAACGAAGCGGUUGCCCCUAAGCCAAACCAUGACGCACUUCUUGAAACCGCAACAGCCCCGCCUAGCGAAUUUCUAGAAAGGGCGGUGCCUGCGGUCUCGCCUUCAAUCUAUUCCAUUCGGGAACUCCUUGACGAGUCGCCCUAUAAAUAUAAUCGCAUCUACCACGUUAUAGACGCGGCGGACUUUCCAAUGUCCCUUGUGGACAAUAUAUAUGAAGCACUUUCCUUGCAAGAGCAACGCUCGCGGAACCGUCGCGCAACGUUGGAGAAGUACCGCAAGGGAAAGAAACUACCGACUAUUACCUUUGUCAUCACACGAUCCGACCUAUUAGCGCCCACGAAGGAGCAGGUCGACUCGAAGAUGGAGUUCGUGCGCUCGAUCCUCCGCGAGACUCUUAACCAGGAAAUGGAGGACUUCCGCCUGGGUAAUGUGCAUAUGAUCAGUGCCCACCGGGGCUGGUGGACCAAAAAGGUGAAGGAAGAGAUCAGGGAACACGGAAAUGGCAUUUGGGUUGUUGGCAAAGCCAAUGUAGGAAAGAGUAGCUUCAUCGAGGCGUGCUUCCCCAAGGAUUCAAAGAAUCUCGAGAAACUUACGGAACUGGUGGAACGACGCAAGGCUGAGUCGACUAUCCUCAACCCGUACGACUCGCCUGCUCUCAGUUCGGACAGUCUGUUACCCCCUGCCCCUCGGGAAGACCUCUACCCUGUCCUCCCUGUCGUGUCCUCUCUUCCCGGAACCACCGUUUCGCCUAUUCGCAUCCCGUUCGGUCGCGGCAGGGGAGAAAUGAUUGAUCUUCCCGGUCUCGACCGCAGUGAACUCGCUGACCAUGUUGUGGACGGCCACAAGCGUGAUUUGAUCAUGACCAAGCGGAUCAAGCCUGAGCGCUACAGUAUCAAACCAGGCCAGUCCUUACUUCUUGGAGGAGGACUUGUCAGAAUCACCUCGGUAAACCCCGGUGACGUGGUGAUGGCCGCUUGUUUCCUUCCUUUGGAAGCACAUCUCACUAGGACCGACAAGGCCAUACCGAUGCAGACACAGCAGCGCACAUACCCCGGAGAGAGCAUCAUGAAGGAAGGGACUGGCGACGUCAUAGCGUCGGCUGGCGUAUUCGACUUGAAAUGGGACGUCACUCAAUCCCAUCUACCGGUGUCGCUCGCCAAAGCCGUAGAGGACCGAGGAAUCAAACCUCGCCCCCUGCCGUACAGAGUGAUGUCGACUGACAUCCUAAUCGAGGGAUGCGGAUGGGUCGAACUCACCGUGCAGGUACGAGCCAAUUCGCCCAGCUCUGAGGACAGUACACUACCCCAAGUCGAGGUCUUCAGUCCCAACGGACAAUACAUCGGGUCGCGGCCUCCGAUUGAAUGUUGGCGUUUCACGGCUGAGAAGCAGUCUUCCGACAGGCGCAAAAACGGACCCAGAGGGCGGCAGAGUAUUGGCCAGAUGAAACGGGCGCGGCGCGCGUCGUGA